GAAGGGGCACGCAAGCGCAGAGGGUCCACACCGCUGACAGAUUCUCGGUGGUGGCGGCAGCAGCAGUGGACCUAGACUGCGGGGAAUGGGAGUACUAGUUCUCUGACUGAACACCGCCCCCGCCUCCUUAGCCCCCCGACAUGGCUCAGGAAAAGAUGGAGCUAGACCUGGAGCUGCCUCCGGGUACAGGCGGGAGCCCGGCGGAGGGCAGCGGCAGCGGCGGUGGCGGGGGCCUCAGGAGGUCUAACAGCGCCCCCCUUAUCCACGGCCUCAGUGACACUUCGCCGGUGUUCCAGGCCGAGGCGCCGAGCGCCAGACGGAACAGCACAACGUUCCCGAACCGCCAUGGCCUGCUGCUACCGGCGUCCCCCGUCCGCAUGCACAGCAGCCGCUUGCACCAGAUCAAACAGGAGGAAGGCAUGGACUUGAUCAACCGAGAGACAGUCCACGAACGGGAGGUACAGAACGCAAUGCAGAUAAGCCACUCCUGGGAGGAAAGUUUCAGCCUGAGUGACAACGACGUGGAGAAAUCAUCCUCCCCGAAGCGCAUCGAUUUCAUUCCGGUGUCACCAGCACCAUCGCCUACCCGCGGAAUUGGGAAGCAGUGUUUUUCACCAUCCUUGCAAAGUUUUGUGAGUAGCAAUGGAUUGCCUCCAAGUCCUAUUCCCAGCCCCACGACCCGAUUUACUACGCGAAGAAGCCAGAGUCCCAUUAAUUGCAUUAGACCAAGUGUUCUUGGACCAUUGAAAAGAAAAUGUGAAAUGGAAACUGAGUAUCAGCCAAAGAGAUUUUUCCAGGGCAUCACCAACAUGCUUUCUUCUGACGUUGCACAGCUGUCAGAUCCUGGUGUCUGUGUAUCUUCCGAUACCCUUGACGGAAACAGCAGCAGUGCUGGAUCUUCUUGUAACUCACCAGCGAAAGUCAGCACUACCACCGACUCCCCGGUGUCACCUGCCCAAGCGGCCUCUCCUUUUAUUCCAGUAGAUGAACUUUCAUCUAAGUGACUCACUCACCCAUCCCAGAGACUCGGUUGUUUUCUGUUUUGUUUUGUUUUGUUUUGCAAUGGAGAGAAAAAUCAAGUUAGAGCAAGCACUGAACUUUGUCGAUUAAUUUGAGGCUAUUUCCUAUUUGACUGUUUUCCUUUUUUGGAAUUUACUGAACUGUUGAUAUUCUAGAGAACUUUUAUGUCAGGUUCCUGCGGAUACCCUUGAAUUCAGUGUAGUAAUAUUUUGAGACGUUUUCCCAAUAAGUGUGUUGAAGCAUACAUCUUUACGCUGCUAAUAUGUCUAAAUACAUAUGUUAUCCCUUGAUUUUUUAAAAAAUAAUUGAGAGCUCUAUUUAUUUAUGGGAUUAUUAAGUUCUGAUGCAAAUAUAAAUGUUGAAUUAAUCAGUGUAGUAAACUGAUGUUUUAAAAUUCCAUACUUCAUGCCCACACUAAUUUUAAUGUUAUUUUUAGUGAUUGCGAAUUUCUAUUUGAUGAACAAUAACGUACUUAUGCUAUUUUUAAAAUAUGUUAUAUCAAUCCAGUGGUUGUCUGUUUUAUCCAGGAAUCCUUGGAUAUUUAAUUUUCUAGGUACAGAAAGUGGGUGGGAGGGGGGCGAUAAAGAAUAAGAUAUAAACAUUAGCAACAAAUCUUUUGAAAUUAAAUAUAGAAGUAAACAUUUAAGAAAAACAUUUUAAAAUGAAAUUUAAUAGCAAUUCUAAGUCGCACAAAUAUAACUACAGAAAAUGAUUUUUCUUUUUUACUAGGAAGUGCAUUCUUUUGCGUAUAAUCCUAAAGUGAAAUGGGACAAUGUCUUGCAGUCUUAAUUCACUGCAUGUAGACAGGUCAGGUUCUUUGUACCACUGCAAACUUAAAAAGUUUUUCAAAUGUAGAAAAUGUGUGGAAAGCCCUGCUGAACUUCAGCGGAGCCUCCAGGCAGAUAAAACUCUGUCAUUAUUAAUAUGCUUUAAAAUAUCCAUCAUGCCUCAGUGAAAAUUGUUGCCAAUGAGAAGCCAGGGCAACUUUUGGCUGCUUUUUUUCUGCUCAUCUGUCACCUUCCUGGUUUUUCCUGGCUCAGGAAGGAAGCAGCUGUUUCCUUGCCAACAGGUCCUUCCUCUUCACCUCCCACCAAACUAGGGCAUCAAUGCACCAUCCGUUAGACAAGGGUACAGUGCGACUUGGAUUUCUGACAGUGAGCAAUGACAGGACCAUGGAAUUGUUUCAGGAACUUCUGUGGUGAAAGCUACAGCUGGAGUUGAGUGCCUUGGGGAUGUCAGUUAAUUAAGAGUCAGUGAUUUGCAAGAGAAAAUCAAUGGAGAGUCACAUAGGUAAAUCAUUAUUUGACUUAGGUUUUGUUAAAGGUAGGAUUGUGAAGUGUACUUUUCUUUGCCUUUUACAAUUAAGACAAAAUAUAAAAAUAUUUAGUAGUAAAAUGUUUUUUAUAUUAUAUUUCGUAUAUCAUCCUUAACUAGCGAGAGACACAGGAAAGAAAGAAAGAGAAAAAGAAGAAAAAAAAAAGACGUAGGGAAAAAAUAAAAAGACUGAAAGAGAGACCAAGACAAGAAGCUCUGGCUUUUUAAAGUCAUUGCCUACAGAGACUUUAACAAUCGUGUGGAGUUUUUACAGCUGUGAGGAUAAAUGGAACUGGUCAACUUUUAAAAGUUACCUCAAGAAUUCAGUGAAAAUUAUAUCGAGGGUAAGAUGAUGUUCAGAGACUUAAAAUUCUCUCUUUUAGGUAAUAGUGUUCCUUACCCACUCCUGACUUGUUCCUCAAAUUCAAACGUAUAUAUCCAAUUUCCUGUUCAGCACUUUGCCCUGCUUCCAGAGGUACUUUAAUCUCAGCAUCUCUAAAGCAAAAUAUAUUGUCUUCUCACUGAAUCUGUUGUUGAAUUACCUAAAUUGAUGAUGUCGCCACCAUCUGACUUCCUAAACUGGAAACCAUGGGAAACAUCCUUGACUUUCCUUUUUCCCCAUCUGGCAUAUCCAGCUUAAUCACCAAAUCCUAUCUACUGAAAUGAAUCUCAUAUCUCUCCUUUCUAUAUCUCUGUUGCCACUGAUUUGGCUUAAGUUCUGGCUUAAGUGAUCUGCCAGCCCAUUUUCUUAACUCCCUUUUGGCCCAGUCUUCACACUGCCUUUAAAGUGAUCUUUUAAAAAUAUGAUCUUGAGUUUUCAUCCUCCUACUUAAAAACUAUAUGCUUCUCCAUUUUGUGAAUAUAUAUAUAUAUAUAUAUAUAUAUUAGGAACUGGCCCUACUCUUGGAAGCUUCAGUCCUCUGCUCAUCCUGUCCCAAUACACAUCUUUCCUUCUUACUCUGCAAACACUAGGCUACUUGGUGUUCUUUCAAUAUGCCAUAUACUUUUAUGUGUUUGUAUCUUUGGAUAGAUCGUUCCUUCUUAAAAGUCUAUUUCUAUCCUUUUCAGUGAGGCAAAUCUUUAUUUCUUUUUAUUGCAUAUGAAUUUGUGAAAUAAUGUGUACCUGAUGAUUAUGAAAACAUUAAACAAUGCAGAUAUCUAUACAGGAAAAAAAUGAAAGCCUGCCUUUUAAUAUAUAAAAUUCAUCUUCCCAUAGUUAAUUUCUGUCAGUACUUUCACAUAUUGUACAAGAUAUGUGAAUUCACAUUUCCAUGCGUGUAUAUGUAUAUAAAUUCAGGAAACCAACACGUCAUUUACAUCUCUCUUCCCUUCUUUCCCCCGUAUCUUAUCAGUCCCCAAAUCUUACUGAUUGCGUUUUCCAGGAUCUCUUUUCUUACCUUCACCUCUGCUGCCUGUCUGACCCAGGGUCCCAUCAUUUCCCUCUUAGGCUUCUGAAGCUGCCUUCUAAUUCCCAUUUGUCCCCUUCACCCUUGCUCUGUUUGACUACCCAUUUAUUCUCCAUAUAGCAACUAGAGUAAUUCUUUUAAAAUCGCAAAUCUGAUCCAUCUCCCAGCUUUAAAGCUUUUUUGCUUCUUGUUGUUAGGGUAUAACAAAAUGGUUGGAUUCUGGCCCAGGAGGCCCAAUGGGAGCGAACUCUUGCCUGCCCUCCCCUUGGUUUCUGUGUCCCACCUUUACUGGCUUCUUGUAAAUACGUUAUGUUCUCUCCCAUUUUAGGUCAUUUUGCCAGAUCAUUUUUCUUGAAGGUAUAGAGAAACAGGGAAACCUUUAUUUGUAUAAGCUUAUUUUUCUAUUUAAGCAGUAAGUUUUAAAUCAGAUGAGUCUCUAAGAAUUCGUAUAGACAGUUUACAUUAUUGUGUUAUUGUUCAUAAGUUUAGUUAGUACUCUGUAGAAUGUAAGGACUUAGAACAUAUAAUUGUCCUUUAAAAAACUUUUUUUUAGGGUAUUAGUAUUGUUAAUCUAUAAACUUUGUGCUAGAAGUCUCAAAGCACACAACAUUUAGUUACAGUAUAGUUUGUCAUAUGUAACAAAAGUCUGUGGUAUGUUUUCCUUUAUUGUAUUUGUUAAAAACACAAUGUAAGUAGGAAAAAAUAAUGGCCACAAAAUUUGCAGCUGCUGGAUGUCAGAACCUUUAAGCAUACUUAAAAGGUUGAUUGUAAUCAAGAAUAACCUGUAUCAGGUUGCCUUCCAGUGAUUCAGUUAUUAGUUCAGCCCCUCAAAUACCUGUAGCAAGAGACUGUUAGAUAUUUGGCAGUAGAAUGGGGGAAGUGUCAAGGCUUAUGAGGGAAACAGAAUUUAGAUUUUUUUCUUAUGGGCCUGUUUAUGGAUGAGUAGAAAAAGUGUGAAGAUCCAAGACAGGUGGGAGACGGGAUAGUUGCCACAAUGACAAACCGAAGAUGAUGAUGUCACCUACAAUUCCCAGGUAGCAUUAGGGAAUAGAAGAAAGAAUUGGUCUUGGA